UCUCUCUCUCUCUCCUGAGGACUCAUCAAAAGAUACUCAGCAGAAUAUCUUCAUCCCAACAACCAUAAAAAAGGACCAAAUCCAAAAUUUUCAAAAUGCUUUCCAUAUAUUUACAAGCUAAAUUAGUUUUGUGUCUCUUGGGAUUUCUAGACAAUUCACAUAAUUUUUCCAUUUGAUUACUUUUGUGUAAUUCCCAUAUUUGGUGUGCAUGUUUGUGUGUGUAUACAACAGUGGCUGCUACUGUAAGUCUUCUCUUAGCUCUUUUUCCCUUUGCUUUCCUUUAGGGUUUCUUUUUUCUUUUUAUUUGCUCUUAUUUAAGCAUUCACUUCCACCUUGGCUUCACCUUCAACCUCUAUUUUCCUACGAAUUUCAAUUUCUUUUCCUAAGAAACCAAAACACCUUUUCUUUAGCGGGGGAGAAAAUUGUUUUUUUUCUUGGGGACGUUUUUGGGGGUUAUUUUCAGUGAUCGGGGCUCGAAUUUAUUGGGUUGUAUUGGGUGUUUGUUCAAUCGAUUGUUGGAUGCAACUUACUUGAAUCGUGCAUGGUGAAUUUUGACAUGAGCUAAGUUAUUAACUUGACGUCGGUGUUGAAGUUUUCUUGAAUUGAGAUUUGAAUGAGGAUGGCUUUUCUUCUCAAACUACUUUAUUGAGGUUGUGAUGAGGCAUUCUGGGAUAAUUUAGGGGGUGGGGGUGGGCAACCAUGAGUUCUGGUGGUAAGAGCCGAGGAAAAAAGGAGGAAGGCAAGUAUGAGAAGCCGGUUAGGAUAUCAGUUGAAGGAGUUUCAUCCCAGGGAUCAAUCACGGGCCAGGAUGAUUUAUGCAUUGAUGCUAGAGUGCUUGUUGACCCAAAAUCCCUUUUUAUUGGGUCAAAAAUUGGUGAGGGAGCCCAUGGAAAAGUUUAUCAAGGAAGGUAUGGUGACCGUAUUGUUGCCAUUAAAGUUCUUAACUGUGGGAAUACAUCUGAAGAGAGAAGUGUCCUUGAGAGUAGGUUUGUUCGGGAAGUGACAAUGAUGUCUAGAGUAAAGCAUGAGAACCUUGUGAAGUUUAUUGGAGCUUGCAAGGAUCCUUUGAUGGUGAUAGUUACUGAGUUGUUGCCUGGGAUGUCACUUCGGAAGUAUCUAGGCAGCAUCCGUCCUAAGCAGUUGGAUCUGCACGUGGCAUUAAAUUUUGCUCUUGAUAUUGCUCGAGCCAUGGAAUGUUUACAUGCAAAUGGAAUUAUCCAUAGAGACCUAAAACCUGACAACUUGCUGCUUACGGAGAAUCAAAAGUCUGUGAAGCUUGCAGAUUUUGGUCUUGCGAGAGAAGAAUCAGUCACUGAAAUGAUGACUGCAGAAACUGGGACGUACCGCUGGAUGGCACCUGAGUUAUACAGUACUGUGACACUUCGUCAGGGGGAGAAGAAGCAUUACAAUAACAAAGUUGAUGUUUACAGUUUUGGCAUUGUCCUCUGGGAAUUACUGACGAAUCGUAUGCCAUUUGAGGGAAUGUCAAAUUUGCAGGCUGCUUAUGCUGCUGCUUUUAAGCAAGAGAGGCCCAGUCUUCCAGAGGACACUCCACCUGAGCUUGCUUAUAUAAUUCAAUCAUGCUGGGUUGAAGAUCCUAAUAUGCGUCCCAGCUUCAGCCAGAUCAUUCGGAUGCUUAAUGAAUUUCUCCUUACACUUAGACCAACUCCACCAUCUUUGCCAGAAACCAAUUCCUCUGACGGUGAAUUGACAAAUAAUGGUGCCAUUAUCGAGUUCUCUACUCGAGCAAAAGGGAAAUUUGCUUUCCUUCGCCAACUUUUUGCUACAAAGAAGGCCUUGAACUCGUAGCGACAGGGUAAACUUGAUAAGUUGUAUUUGGGUUGCCAGCUUGGGGGGAACGGAUGCAGUAGGUUUUACUUGUUUGCAUCGGGGAAAUCAAUUCAGUCGGACCUCAUGGUGGAGAACCUGUGUAGAUCAAUGUACUUAGCAAUAUCUCCGUUCCGGAGAAUCUCUUAAAAAUUGCAGCAGGGAACAUUAUUAUCUUCCAUGAAUUUUUCAAACUGGUCCGAAUUGAAUUGGAAGUGGAUGAAAAUUUUGUUGCUGUAAACUUGGAUUGCUCAAUCAAGAUUCUGACAGCGGCUUAUAAUUUUGCUCA